AUGCACCUUUUACCGACUUUCGGUUAUCUUCUGGUUCUCUUUGGGGCCCUCAUCGCCACCUCUGAGGCCUACUUUCUUGUGAUUGACGCUCACGCCGAGGAGUGCUUUUUCGACCGCGUCCAGGCAGGAGCCAAGUUGGGUCUUACGUUUGAGGUCGCCGAGGGCGGAUUCCUCGACAUUGACGUCACCAUCACCGGUCCCGAUCAGAAGGUGAUCCACCGAGAGGAGCGUGUUUCCAAUGGAAAGUACACGUUUGCGGCACACAUGGACGGUGACUACACGUACUGCUUCAGCAAUCAGAUGUCCACGAUGACCCACAAAGUAAUCAUGUUCUCAAUGGAUAUUCACGAGAAGGAGGUGGCCGCCACUGGGGCUACCAGCGAUCACAACGUCGAGCACGACAAGCUGGAGCAGCAAAUCGGCGAGUUGACGGCGUCUUUGACUGCGGUGAAACACGAGCAGGAGUACAUGGCUGUGCGAGAACGCGUCCACCGGUCAAUCAACGACAGCACCAACUCUCGCGUUGUCAUGUGGGCCGCCUUUGAAGCGCUAAUGCUCACCGCCAUGUCUCUCGGCCAGAUCUUCUACUUGCGGCGAUUCUUCGAAGUUCGGCGAGUCGUCUAG